AUUUUUAGUAUGCCAAUAUUUUUCCCUCCCUGGAGUCAUCAUCAGCAUCGUCCUUCAUUCGCCACACAGUGACAGAGCCGACGACGACCCACCGCCCAAGUUGGGUCAGCAGAGCCGACGACACAGACGCCGAGACCAUUCUCGUCUCGGAGCUCCCAGGGCUAAAACGGCCAAUUCCCCCUCUUGGGCUCUUCGCCGAGACCUUAAAGUUUUGGUCUUUCUUGGCCAAGCAGGGAUCAGUGUGAGCUGAGAAGAAUGGGAAGUAAUGGUGCUGAACAUAUUCCAAUGAGUGAGCAGAUGGAUGGGUGUGAACCCACGAUUGAGAUAAAAAUAAAGACAUUGGAUUCACAAACCUAUACUCUCAAAGUGGAUAAAGAGAUGCCAGUUCCUGCUUUGAAAGAACAGAUUGCCUCUGUUACUGGUGUGCUAUCAGAGCAACAGCGGCUGAUAUGCAGAGGAAAAGUUCUUAAGGAUGAUCAGCUUCUCUCUGCCUAUCAUGUUGAGGAUGGCCACACCUUACAUUUGGUUGUCAGACAACCUAUUCCACCGUCAUCCGAGGGCCUACCAAAUCAUUCAGCAACUGAUCCUGCUUCAAGUACAAGCCGUGGUCGAUCGAGUGUCUUCAUUGAAAGUUUCAGUGUGCCUGUUCAGGGGGAUGGAGUUCCACCAGAUUUUAGUCGGUUCCUCUCUGCUGUUCUUGGCUCUGUAGGAAUCCCAAACAUUGCAAGUGGCAGUGAAGGCGUUGAUGUCACGGAUCCUGGGACACAGAGGCCAGAAAGGACAUCAGGUUUGAGCGGUUUGUUUGAUUUAUCCCAACUUCUAUCUGAGCAAGCUACCACAAGGGCUCAAUCUGAUGGAUCAAAUGGCACUUUUGGUCACUCACCACCAUUUUCUUUGGGGAAUCUGCCACCUCUGGUGAUUCCUGAUUCGUUGAAUACUUUAUCUCGAUAUCUGAGUCAUAUAAGGCGCGACUUUCUGGCCAUUGUAACAGCCAGAGAUGGAGGACGCAGUCAAGAAGCUAUUCAUAGGAAUGACGAAAGUUCCAAUUCCUCGUCAGGUCCCGGAAUAAGACGAGAGGGGAUCCCCUCACCUGCAUCAUUGGCAGAAGUCAUCCGUACUGCUCGACUAUUACUCAUUGAACAAGCUGGAGAAUCUCUACUUCGACUUGCAAGCCAGUUGGAGAAUCAAGCGAAUGUGACGGAUCCCUCAGCACGGAUGAGAACCCAAGCCAGUGCAUUGACAACUGGAGCUUUGUAUCAUAAUUUAGGUGCCUGUUUACUUGAACUUGGCCGUACUAUGAUGACAUUGCAAAUGGGCCAAACACCGUCUGACGCAGUGGUUAAUGCUGGACCUGCAGUUUUCAUAUCCCCGACUGGUCCUAACCCUAUAAUGGUUCAGCCUCUUCCUUUUCAAUCAGGAAUGAGUUUAGGUGCCAUCCCCAUGGGAGCUCUGCAGCCUGGUUCUGGUCUACUUAAUGGACUUGGUUCUGGUUUUCAUCCAAGGCGUAUUGAUAUACAGAUACGAAGAGGUUCACCAACGACCACCGCCAAUGUCAAUCGAGAGGAGCAUCGCGAUCUUCAGCAACCUUCACAAAGAAACUCAGCACCAAGUUCAGGUGUUGAAAAUCCUGCCAAUCAAACACCACCAAGUGUCUCAGAUGGUUCAGCUUUCACUGGAGAUUCGGGUGUGAGGGUAGUGCCAGUCAGGACCGUAGUUGCCAGUCGCCUACCAUCUGAGUCUGCUGGUAGUUCGAUCGGGUUAUACUAUCCAUUUCUCGGAAGGCUUCAACAUGUAGCUUCUGGAAAUGUGAACGGUGAGCGAGGAUCUCAAGCAUCUGGUGAUCAUCAUCCUGCCGGCCUUCACACUGAUCGGCAGUCUUCUGAAAACAUUACAGAUCCUGCAAGAGACGGAUCAACUCCCAAUAUAAGGCAACCAGAUCCCCCCACUGGACGAAGUGUUAGUAUCAGCUUUUUAUCGUCUGGUGGGACCCAAAAUGAUCAAGAAUCUGAGAGGCAGGUCCCAAGCGGUAUUUUAAAUUUACUUAGGGCUCUCUUUCCUGGUGGUGAAAUUCACGUAGAAGAUGGCAGUGUACAAGGAAUGAAUUCUAGUUCUGUAUCAGAUCAGGCAAGGACUUCUAAUGGUGUCGCUGUUGCUCCCGAAGCUGAACCAAGGGUUAGCGAAGAAGGAAUUUUUUUGUCUAAUUUACUUCAUCAAGUAAUGCCAUUGAUAUCUCAAGCAGCAACUAGAGAGCCAGGUCUUGUACCUGCAGAAGCGGAAAACUCUUCUGAGCACACAAUGGCCCAAGACUCUUCCACCGUGGUGGAAAACUCCAAUGUUGGGACAUCGCGUCGGCAUAGUCAGAGUGAUUGCGAUGAGCCUCCUAGUUCAAAACGUCAAAAGAAGGAGUAGGUUACCUGGUAUAAGCAGCUAUCCAUGGGCGUGAAACGUGAUCAGUUGUCAAUGUCUUGAGUUAUAAUCAAUCCUGUGCUUCUGCCGCCGGCAAAUGGUGGCAGUACUCAUUGUGUCAAUAUCGGUCUUUAUUUUUAUCUCAAGCGAGACUGUAAAACUUCUUUUGAGUUAUGGAUUUGCUCUGGGGACAUGAUUUUGAAGAUAUAUAAAUAUGAGAGAGUUAUUUGACUUGAAAAUUAUGAGUAUGAAUUUCAUCUUUGGUAA